AUGGCAGCGGAGCGCGAAAGUGCAGACGCUGUCGCUGCGGCGGACACGCAUCUUUCGGAGUACGAAGCGGGCAACAAUGCGGACUCGGAGGUUCGCUAUGCCGAUGGCGAGGAUGCGGAGCUCGAGGCGAUGAAGCAGCGUGUGGCUGAGAUGGAAGCCGAGGCCGCGAAGCUGCGCGAGAUGAACGAUGCCACAGAGCAGGGCCUUGGUGGCGCUGGUGGCGCAUUCCCCACGGAAGAAGAAAAGCUGGAGAUUGACGGGCGCAGUGUAUAUGUUGGCAAUGUCGAUUAUGGCGCAACGCCCGAGGAAAUCCAGCAGCAUUUCCAGAGCUGUGGCACAAUCAACCGUGUCACGAUCCUCUGCGACAAGUUCACCGGUCACCCUAAAGGUUUUGCCUACGUGGAAUUUGCCGACCCCUCGUUUGUGGAAAACGCGUCGGUGCUGAACGAGUCGCUCUUCCGCGGCCGCCUGCUCAAGGUGACGCCGAAGCGGACCAACGUGCCCGGCCUCUCGGCGCGCGGUCGCGGCCGUGGCCGUGGCUCGCGCGGCCGUGGCCGCGGUGGUUUCCGUGCGCGUGGCUCGUGGCGUGGCCGUGGCCGCUAUUAG